AGUUGGGAUGGAAACAUUUUGCUUGCGGAUAAUUGUGUAUCAUCCCUUUCCUCUCUGUUUUUUUGUGUGUCUCUAUUCCUCUCUCUUUCUCUCCCUUCCUCUCAUUAGCGAGAACUUGAUGCCAAAUGACUUUUUUGUCUCCAGUCGUUGGAGAAAACUGAAACUUUCAAGUAGAGAAAAUGAGGAGAAAGAAAGGCUUUUAUUUGAUCAUUUGCUCCACAGUAUAUCUCAGUCCAAUCUUUGCAACAUAUCGAAUAACAUCCAGACUAGUGACGUGUCCAAUUCGAGAAUUGAAAGCCUUAUAUUUUUGGGAAUUGUGGAUCGAAUCCAGUACAAUCCCAUCAAGUCUUUUUCCAAGGCACGAAAGGAGCUGAUGCAUUUCAAAGUCAACAUCACAACAUUCCUUACGAAGCAGCCAUCUUUGAUGAUGAUAUAGUAAUAAUCGACGACUUCCAAAUGACUGGUAACUAUGAAAGACCAACAAACAUGUUUUCCAACGAGCCGUCUUCCAUCAGCAAAUUCAACAGACGAAGGCCACAGUCUAGUACAAAACGUAGGCCACAGUCCAGUACAAAACGUAAACCAUCAACACUACCACAGCGUUAUUCAAACACAAAGAAGGUCAAAUCAACUCCUUUGCCCGUCACUGGAGCUCAUGCCGUAGUCGGUACCCACUUCGGCGAAAUAGCCAUUUUUACUAGCAAAGGGCGUUUAUGGCUCAAUGCCACCAGUCUAGAGAGGCCUGUGCCACUAGGAGCUGCCAAGGACAGCGAUUCCAUCUCUGUCGGCAAUAAAAACGCCAAUGAAAUAUGGGUCAAUACGACCAGCUGGAAUAAACUCGUCUCACUCGAGGACAUUGCUGCUGGGCGAAGACCUGUUACGCUUAAUCCCAGCGAAAAACGCAAGCCCGUGAAAGUGGAUAGCGACGUUGUUGGACGGCCACCGCUGAGCAAAGGCAGCAUCUCAGCAGAUUAUGUUACGCAAUCACCUAUCGUCCUACCGGAAAGAGGAACUUAUCAAUACGAUACUUGCGGACUAAACCUCGUUAUUCCCUUAACUGCUGAUCGUAUCGUCUUGAGAGAGCAAGGACUUAAACCAAACUACAAAUCGACUGGAUUCCCGCACGAACGAGACUAUCCUCUAGUGUGCACUUGGAAUAUCAAGGUUAAUAAAAUUUGUCGUCGUGCCCGCAUCACCAUGAAAGUGGAUGGACGCAGUCGAUUGCCUGAUGUAGAAGGAUGCGUAAAAGGAUAUCUUCACAUCUCUCCGUUCAUGAACCAAACCAGACUCUGCGGCCGUAUUGAUAGCAUUCCACCCUACCAUUGGUACGUCGACGACCAACAACCCAACGAUGUCACCAUUACCAUGAAAAACAUUGGGAUCAACGAUGGCUACUCAGAGGGCUUGUCGUUUACCCUUCAAGGUGAAUGUCUGCCAAUCGAAAGAGGAUCGUUUGACGUUGACAAGGAAAAUGUUGAAUCUAAUGCCAACUGGAUGGAUCGUCUGAUCAAAGAGAUGGCAACGACGGGUUACGGAGCAACGUUAGCUGACGGCAGCCUGAAAUUAACAGCCAAGAAGCCCAGCUUGUCGGAAAUUCAUCCAGACGAUGGAAAGAGACUUGUGAACUCGACCCACAUUCCUGCCGUUCCUAUCGAUCAGAUUUUUGACGAUGCUAUAACUUAUAUCACCACGCUACUAGACAAUAAGUCUGAAUAGAAUUAUUUAGCAAUGCCUUCCCUAAAGAAUAAUGAUCGAAUCCCCGUUUUGUUAUUGUUGACUUGUAUUUUCAGCAAUUCGUUUUGUUAAUGCCGCGAAUUUAUUUUGUUGUUUUAGUAUAGAAUUAUUAUAUACGUAUAUAUAAAAUUAGUAAAUAAAAUAUGCGCAAUCAG